AUGCUGGAUGGUGUCGAGCUGGCCUCGAGCCAGAUCUACCCCUUGGAUAGCAGACCAUCUGAGGAAACUGCGACUCACCAAACAGCCGACAUCUGGGAAUCAAUCGACGAGUUCUUCGACACGACGUAUCUGAUCUUCCCCAUCGUAUCCUACGCUGAGCUUGCCUCGCGUCUGGUCAUCGAGCCCAACUGGGAGACUGUGUCAGACCUGCGGACGCUGCUCUACUCGAUCCGACUAGUCAACUCGGCCGCGCGCUACCGCAUGGACCAUCAGAACAGAGACGGACUCGUUCAGCAUAUAGCUGAAGUCGAGUCAUCCCGACAAGCGUACGACUUUGCCGACCCGGCGACCUUGGAUGCCGUCUUCUGCUCUCUGGCAUUGUUCACCGCCAACAGCGUGCUGGCAAAGCAUGGCCGAGCCUUUUUGCAUCUGAACGAGGCGCAAAUCCUCUUUGACCAUGUCGAGCCAUCUGGAUACGAAGAACAGCAGAGGAAGUUGCGGGUCGAGCAGGUUCUUCACAACACCGAGUCUGCCACCCUGGCGAUAUACGGAAGCAAGGAGAAGAUGCUGCAGGCAAGGAAGCGACUGACCUGCUCAGAUAUCGUCCCGGCUCGAGUGGGCGGAGCCGAAACUGGUGACAGACUGGGCAAGGUUGCCAGCCAGCUACUGCAUUGUCUGACGCGCAUACAUUUAGCAAGUAACGCCGACGAUAUAAGCAAGGUGAAUCUCGGAUCCGACGCCGUCUUAUCCAGCCUCGGGCAGCAUCGCUAUUCGCGGAUCCAGUCGGCCGACGUCAUGGUCACCCGGCAGUGGCAGCUCUCGUGCAAGAUCAUCGCCAGCUACCAAGAGCGCGCCGGCCGAGAAAAGCCACCCGCGUCAAUGAUGGAGUCUCUGGGGGUCAUAGCCAUGUCAUGGAUAUGCGUCCUCAAGCAGGGCGAGCUGAGGAUCGUGGGCUUAGGGAAACUCGCCGAGCUGGCCAUCAACAUCUUCAGGCUGCCAGGCGGCGGUCACCAAGACUCCCUCCGCGGGCUAACCGGCGCGGUGAUGAAGGAAGACUAUGAAGGGAAAUUUGCGCUCACUCUCGCGGACCUGGUCCUCUCGGUUGCUUAUGACGUGCCGCCUAUGAUGGAGACGCCUCAAGACCGGGAACUUCGCUGCAGCAUGAUGGCACGCUCGUCUUUUCAGGAUGCACCAAGCAGUCCCAAGACGGAGCAGGCGCUUCGACAGUUCCCCGCCAUCCAGCCCCUUGUUUUAAGCGAUUUUCAUCAAGAUGGGCCUUUCGAGGCCUCGAGUCUUAUGCUUUCAGAUUACAGUCACUUAGAAUUUUAA